AUCAUCAUUAGCUGCUAACAAUUUAUCAUUUUAUAACCGUUAACUACAAUUUCACUGAGUUCCUUAGUUUAAGCUAAUACUAAUGCGGUAAACAUGUCAAGUUUACCAUUUUUCGAUCCUACCAGACCUCCCCCAGCAUUUCCCCCUCCUACUGUUCGCAUAAUCGAUCCAUUUUGUGAUCAGGACAUAGUACAAGAAUUUCUCAGCACCAAACGCAGGUCGACAAGUAGCACCGCUAAAGCAAAACAACAACCUUCAGCGGCAUCAAUUAGUAAACUGAGAUCCGAGUUGGUUGAUCUGAUGAAAGAAGUUGAACGCCUGAAGACGCAAAAGGAAACACUUGAAAAGGAAAUCGAAUCGCAACCGGAUUCGCAGUGGCAAGCCAGUUUCGCACAACUGGAGCAGACUCAGCAAAGUAUAGCGAGCAAAUUGACGCGGUUGAAUGAUUCCGAACUGCGUAGUCAACUGGCAAAAAAACUUCAUGCACGUCGAAAGAAACGGGAAUGGCAGAAGCGAUGGAGUUCUCGGUUGAAGCAGGAAAAGGCAGAAGCAAUGCAGAAUCGUACCAAGCUUCACGAACAGAUAGAUCAAUGGCAGCGAGAGCAGUGGAAGCUGGUGGAAAAGGAGAAGCAAGCUCAGCAUGAGCUGGACUUUACCAGUCACUUUCUGGCGGAUGUGCACCGACGGAAGGCGGCAUGCAAAAGAUAUCUGGCCAAGUUUGAGAAGAUGAAGGAUAGAGAACCUUCGGCCGAGUUCAGUGAACUGACUCGAAGCUGGACUGCACGGUUAUCCGAGUGUGUCAAAGAGGAGAUACGAUUGAAGGAUGUAUUGGCCCGUCGGUCUGCGGCCAACUACCAACGACGUGUGGAGAAUGAAUGGACCAAAGCACUGUUUGGGGAUACUAUUCCGAAGAAAUUCGAACACCCGUUACUUGGGGCAGAUCGGAGCCGAGGGGUACUGAUUGAAACACGUCAGGCCUGGGAUGCGUGCUUAGUCGAAGUAGAUGACGACGAAGCCAGUGCUAUCCCUCUGGGGUGGGUUCUGCCGCCCGCAAAUCCGACCGCCGACUGGGCCAAAUAUCAGAUGAAGGAAGUGAUUUAAGUUUGUUGCAUUGCACAAGCAUUGAGGGUUUUUAAUAACAUAUUAAAUAUUUAGCACGCCGAAUAAAUUAUUAGAUAUUGA